ACCCUCUGUGCAUUGUGUAUACCCAGUUAUAGACCUACCUUCAGGUUCCCAUCAGGUACAGCACACAGAGAACCAGAGACCAGCCAGCAGGCUUACUCCUAUAUGCUGGAAUAUUACACACACGUUUUCUGCAGCGUGUGAUCAUUUUAUUAAACACUCGUUUAUUUAGGGAUGUGCACCAUGUGAGCACGAUGUCAACUAAUAUACCACCUCAGCUGAUACUGCACUCAAGUUCCCUUACAAAAUGUGUGAUUAAUCGAAUAACCUGCAAACAACUGACAGUGAAUCUGAGGAUUGUGGGCCCCUGGGGUUCUGGGGUCUCGAGGAAUUGCCAAAUCCAGCGCUGACUCCAAUGAAACAUAUUUGAAUCUGAAUUAACCUGAAUUUGCAGAAGAAGAGAGUAUCACCUUGCAUCAAUACCUGACCGGUCUUUUAAAUCAACCCAUCUCUCAAAAGCCCGGAAAUAGAUGCAGGAACGGUGUGUGUGUGAGUGUGUGUGUGUGAAAGAGAGAGAUCAUGUGAUGUAAGAGUGAGGCUGGCGUGCUAGGUUGUGAUGUGAGACACACACACGGUUGAAGGCUACAAUCACACAAACCCCACACACAGUCUUAUGACUGCUGGUACCGAAACCUGAACGAGGCGUCGGGCGGGCGGGGAAACAACCACCGGUGCGCUGCCGCCGCUGCUGCCGCUGCCCCGGGGAGCAGGGGGGAAGCAUCAAUGCCUCCAGGUUCCCUCUCACAUAUCGGCCUGGACCUGUUCUCGUCAUCGGGCCUCCUGCGCUGAGAUAAUGAAAGGAUGGCCGAGCAGCGAUGCGGGGACCACGGAGGGCUGACGGAUGCUGCUGCAGCGACUCGCCGGGAUGAGACGCGGCAUCACAACACGAUGAAUUCAACGGCGGACGCAGGAGCAGAGUGUCUCUCUUUGGAGGAGAUACUGAGGCUUUACAGCCAGCCCAUCAAUGAGGAGCAGGCUUGGGCGGUGUGCUACCAGUGCUGCAGGACGCUGGCGAAGGUACACCGGAGCGGGAGAAGCUCCUCCGCCGCCGCUGGAGCAUCAGCGGCGGCUCCGAGGAGGAUAUCCGGACCGGGAGAUGUUAGGAUACAGAAAGACGGGUCUGUGAGGGUGGAACACCAGGGCUGUGAAGGUAAAUACAGCCCUUGCACAACAACAGAGGUGAUUGAGUCUCUGGGCAUCAUGAUCUACAAGGCUCUGGAUUAUGGGCUGAAGGAUAAUGAGGAGAGGGAGCUCAGCCCACCUCUGGAGCAGCUCAUCGAUCUCAUGACCAACAUAGCCGAGGCUGAGAGGGAGGCCUGCCCCGACGAAGGCUACGAGGCCACAGAGGAAGAGGAUGAGGCAGAGGAUGAUCCUGACAACAUCUCCAGUGUCCACGGCUACAGAGAUAUCCUCAAGCUGUGCACAGCUCAUCUACCCAGUCUAUCAGACGCCCCCAGUCACUACCAGGCGGUGUGUCGGGCUCUGUACACAGAAACCAGGGAGCUGCGCACUUUCCUGGAGAAGAUCAAGAGUGCCAAAGAGAACCUCCGUAAAAUGGAGAAAGAGUCUUCAGAGGAGCCUGGCCAAGACCUGAAUGACCUACAGAACGCUGACUGGGCUCGAUUCUGGGUUCAGGUGAUGAGGGACCUGCGUGAUGGAGUCAAGCUGAAGAAGGUGCAGGAGCGUCAGUACAACCCUCUGCCCAUCGAGUACCAGCUCACUCCCUAUGAGAUGCUCAUGGAUGACAUCCGGUCCAAACGAUACAAACUGCGCAAAGUCAUGGUAAAUGGAGACAUCCCACCACCCAGAUUAAAGAAGAGUGCUCAUGAAGUCAUCCUGGAGUUCAUCAGGUCCAGACCACCUCUCAACCCUGUGUCAGCUCGUAAGCUGAAGCCACAGACUCAGCCUCCUCCAACAUUGCAUGAGCGGAUCCUGGAGGAAAUCAAAGCAGAGAGGAAACUUCGACCGGUGUCGCCUGGCGAGGUCCGCAGGGGAAGGCUGGGUUUUGGCAAAACUCGCAGUAUGCCACAGGAUUUGUUCCGUACUGGAUUAGAUGAGUUUAGUCCGUACAUGGGCAGGAGGGUGUCCAGCUCUCUGUCUCUGACCAAUGGAUCAGCAUCUCCCAGGGUAGAACCCUGCGGAUCUCAGUCUGCACCUCAGAGGAAGAGGCUCCUGAAGGCUCCCAGCCUCGCCGAGCUGGACAGCUCUGACUCUGACGAUGAGAUUGUUGGGCGCAGAUCAGCCAGCAGCUCCAGUGUGGCUACAUCUUUGAUGGAUGAAACAUCCCCAGAGUCCGUGCUGGGGAAGAAAACUCCCCCCAUGUUCCUGCCCAUCUCCUCUACACCCCAGCCAGAGAGGCGUCAGACCCCCCAGAGGAGACACUCCAUCGAGAAGGAAACCCCGACCAAUGUCCGACAGUUUCAGCCGCCCUCCAAACAGAGCUCCAAGUCUCUGGAACCCUUCUCUUCCUCUCCCCCACACACACCUUCGCCUCCUCUCGUUCAGGUUGGGAUGAUAGCUUCAUAUCGUUCCUGGAUCCCUCUCCUCCUCCUCCGCCCUUCUCCCUCCACUCUCCACCCUUUGCGGAGCUCCCACCCUAUCGAGGCAUUUGUGUUGGGGUUGAUGAAGGCAGUUUUUGCUCUGUGCAGGGGCAUUUACGUCAGAGGAAGAGAGUCGGACAAGGAGGAGUUCUGUUUCCCUGUGGAGUGUCUGUCUCUGACGGUGGAGGAGGUGAUGCACAUCAGACAGGUGCUAGUUAAGGCAGAGCUGGAGAAGUUCCAGCAGUACAAAGACAUCUACAAUGCUAUGAAGAAGGGAAAGCUUUGCUUCUGUUGCCGAACCAAAAGGUUUUCCUUUUUCACCUGGUCCUACAUCUGCCAGUUUUGCAAAAAGCCUGUGUGUUCACAGUGCUGCAAAAAGAUGCGGCUGCCAUCCAAACCUUAUUCCAGCUUGCCCAUCUACUCCAUUGGCUCGACCAACACUCUCCCCAAGGAGAGGUUAAGUGCCAUGACUGCUUUAGGACAAGGACUCUCUGUGGCUGGAGGGCUGGGGCCGUCAGCAGUGGGAGGGGCCACGGCGUCCCCCGCUUUGAAAGGAGCAACAACAGGAGCAUGGAAAGGAGCUGGAAAAGCCUCUGGAGCAGCAGCUGCUGCUAAAUCUGAGAAAUCCUCCAGCAGCCCGCAGCGCCACGGCCUUCAGAAGACCAUGUCCAAGCUUUCGAAGCACAGCUCUUUAAAGUCUCAUGAAGAACUGGAGCUUCCCCCGGAGUUGACGGAGGACUGGGCCACCAUGGAGGUGUGUGUGGACUGCAAGAAGUUCAUCACUGACAUUAUCGCCUCCAGCAAGCACAGCCUGUCACUGGCCACCAAGAGAGCUCGCCUAAAACGCAAGACCCAGUCCUUCUACUUGUCCUCCCCUAAAGGAAGGGAGGAGUAUCGGCCCUCUGAACGAACAAUCAAGGAGAUCUAAAACUCUCUCUCUCUGGCUGCUUCCAGCUCCAAUGGCACAAUUAUAAAGACUCAACACUGGAUGUGAUCUUACUGUACAUGUAUACUUCAGUCAUAUAAAGCUGUCAGAAUGGCUGAUGUGAAGCUCGGUGGUGGACAGUUUUUGUUGCUGUGUCCUGAUCAUCGUGUACAGCUCCUUCAAACAACAGUAUACUGUACAUCUGCCAAUCUUUUUUUUUUUACUUACCAUAUCAUAGAUGAUCCUUUAAUCUCUGACCACAGUGUUUGAGUAAAGAGACAAGAACUAUUGUGAUGAAAAAUGGUUCAAAGUGGAAUGACUUCCCUCCCCUCUGAUGGCACAACAGCGUGAUCCACAUUCACAUUCAACUCAAUAAGCACAAGAAGGAUCGAUGUGUGUUUGACUUCCUGGCACUGCAGAAGACACAAGGCCGGCAGAGAGAUCGUGAGAGAGCGACACUCAAGAAAAUAUGGAAUAUUAAACUGUACAUUUUGUAUGGGUUUUAAUUUAGUUUGUUACACGUAUAUACAGUAAAUGAUUGUUCGAUGAAAACUCACCCUCUGUUUUUAAUUAGCAGUUUUAUUUUGCUAAUGAUGCUCAGUGAGACUUUCCACACAUACAUCACGUGCAUACAAGCAAUCCAUUUUUUGCAUCACAUUUAGAAAAUAUCAUCUGUUUUUAUGCAGAUUUAGUGCCAAAUAAUAACUUCUUUCUGACCUGCAUGUCAGCCAAAGAGAAGUAAUUUCCCCUGAUGUAUGUUUGCAGUGGUCUUACAGCAAAAUGAUAUAAGAAACUGGGCCAACCCUACUUAUUAAAGCCCCUGAAAAUGUGGUUUUAAAUCUCUCUAUAACAUUAAAUAUUCAAGACUAAAUAAGCACUGCUCCCUUUUUAUUAAGAGUUUAACACUCAGCUAAUCUGCUUCAUCAGGACUGUGUGUGGGCAUGAUUUGAUCAGAUUUGAUUGACAGGGGUCUGGCACUCAAGCGAUUUUAGUAUUCCACUUCUAUAAAGUAAGGGGACUUGUGAGAGACAAAUUAUAAAAAGAAUGGUCAAAAAUUGAAGAUGAAGAGGCUGAGAUAUGGGUCAGCCAAAAAAAAUGCUGUAGCCUACAUUUCCCAUGAUGCAACUCCUAAGCAUCUUUCGUUAAACUGUUCCUGACUGGUAAAUACCCACUUCAAACUCUUUCAAACUCCACAACCUCAGUUGGUAACACAGGUUUUAUCAGGGCAUAAAUUUGUCUGAGUCUCAAGUUCAAUCCGAAAUAACCCUGAUGACAUCAUCAGGGGAACUCCCUUCAGAGACACUAUACAACUGUUUUCACAGGCUCAGUAGUACUCUGAGAAGUGCCCCUAUUAGCAAACACCCCCACAACUGUCAAUUCAAACAUUGCUAAAUACUGAUUGGUGCAGGGAAGUACGUGACAUCACCUGUUUCCAACUGAGCCUCGCCCACUUCAAACCAGUGAGAAGAGCACAAGCGAAACAAAAAAUACAGAAACCUCUCGUAAAAAAUCAUCAAAACUACUCUAACUGCUGUUGCAGGAAAUGUUGUGCUCAUGUUGGACCACAUUGCUUACAGUAAGAAGGAGAUUGAAAAAACUAAUUUUUAGGGCCUUUAAAGGACAUUUCUUAACCAUACAGUCAUACUGUACUGUAUGUUCAUUUGUAACUAUAUUUUACUUAUAUCACUCAGAUGUGCACAAAAGCAGGUAUAGAAACAUUAUUACCUGCAGUACCAUGUGAAGGAUUUUUCAGACUUGCCUUUUAAUGAUUUACAGGAAAUAUCUGCAUAUUUUUGCAUUUUAAAUGUACCUUUGUGUUGAUAAAUAUAUAGUAUAUAUUAACUCCUUAACUCCUUCACUUUUCUUUACAUUAAGUUCCUGACUUGUAUUUGUCUUGUGUAAAGAUUAGUCAUAAUAAAACACAUCAUGUUCAUGUUUUUGUACAGAUGCACAGUUUAUGAAACCCAGUUCACUGUACAGGCAGCAAAAACUAACAACAUAUUGUCUUGCUGAUCAACACAUACUGUAAGUCUUAAUAUAAUGCCUUUAUGAUUUCUUUCCAUCCUUCAGAGUCUCAUUGGCAGGGAGAAAUACCUGACUUGUAGCCUGGAUGUCCAUUCGAUUCUUCAUCACAUUCCUCAUCUUCCUCCUUAAGAUAUUUCUGCCUUAAGAAUUGCCUUUAAUGACCACACUCAUAUGUUGAACAGUCAUCUACUGUAACUGUACAUACUUUCUUUCUGAUGGUUUGUUUGUAGAUCAGCUCUGUGUUGCCUCGAUGAUGGUAUCUUGACAGUGGGGCUGCUGUACAUCUGUGUCUCUGAGAGGGAAACUAUCCCAGUGUUCAGGGGAGGAGUGGGGAAGUCCACAGAAGAAACCUCACAGAGUGACAGCAUCAUGCAUGUACUACGGUGUAGCUUGUUGUACCUUCAGUCUGUUUUACCUUCAAGCUGUAUCUCCCUGCAGAGAGCGCAACAAAUGAUGACUACAACAAUAAACUGUAAUGCAAUACCAGA